ACAACUGACAAAAUUUGUAUGGCAAUAUAUGAAAAAAACUCAUUGUAAAACGAAGUUAAGAAUUUUAUGUGUUUGUUGCUAAAGAACUGCAUUCAAGUACUAAAAAAACCUUAGCAAAAGACAACAAUUGUGUAAUGGAAUUAAAUAUACUGGGGAUAAUUACAAUUGAACUCCUUAUGACAGCUAUCAGAGUUGCACCAAGUAGUGUGGAUAUUCCUGUUACCAACGUAUCAUCUAUUGUUGGAGGCACAGUUUCUCUACGUUGUGCUGUUAUUUCAUCAGGCAUAAGAACCGUAACAUGGAGACGAAAAAUCGAUACCUUUAUGUAUCCAUUAGCUGUUGGUCGGAAUGUGUAUUCAACAGAUUCACGGUUAUCUGUUAAAGCAAAGCACGGCUGGGCUUUGAUUAUAAAAGAUGUCACUCAAAAUGAUGAAGGAGAAUACGAAUGUCGAGCUAAAUCAAAAGGGAGUAACUUAAAAGGACUUGUUUUACUUAAGGUUAAAGGUGCAGAAUCAAGACAGAACGUCGUCACAUCGCACUCCUAUAGGUCUUUUAUAGACAUACUAUGCAUAAUGAUAGCAUUGGUCGUGCAUCUUCAAGACAUAUUUUAAACCAUGUUUAAUUUACACAACAGCAAAUGUGUUUUCAGAACUGUCCUUGACUGUUAUCUUUUUAAUCAGUGUACAGAAAAUAUCAAGAGAUUGUCAAGUAAAUUUGAUAAUCAGAAUUAGCAAAGGGAAGGAAAAUUGUCUAUCUGACUUUACUGCUUUGAAUAUGUGUAUCAUGUUCGGUGCCUUCAUCCUGACUUUUAGUUCAUGUAGCAUAGAAAAUUCAACAAAGAACUAUGUAGAAGAUUUGGAGGUAUCAACUUAUAAGCCUUGUGAACAUAACGAAAGAAAAAUUGAUUAUCUCUUCACACGUUUAUAGUGCAUAUUAUCAAUAAAAUGAAGCUUUUUAUUCCACUUUGGAUUAAAGGAACUUUGAAAG